GAGAGGCUCUGUCCCUGAGGCAGUUACAUAGACAGAAUGACGGACCUGGUAGCUGUCUGGGAAGUAGGCCUGAGUGAUGGUGUUCACAAAAUUGAAUUUGAACAUGGGACCACAUCAGGAAAGCGUGUUGUGUAUGUAGAUGGAAAGGAAAUAAUAAGAAAAGAAUGGAUGUUUAAAUUAGUGGGAAAGGAGACAUUUACAGUUGGAGCUGCUAACACAAAGGCUACUAUUAAUAUUGAUGCAGUCAGUGGAUUUGCAUAUGAAUAUACUCUGGAAAUAGAUGGAAAAAGUCUCAAGAAAUAUCUGGAGAAUCGGUCAAAAACAACAAAUACUUGGGUAUUACACCUAGAUGGUACAGAUUUUAGAGUUGUUUUAGAGAAAGACACAAUGGAUGUCUGGUGCAAUGGUAAAAAAGUGGAGACAGCGGGUGAAUUUGUAGAAGACGGGACAGAAACACAUUUCAGUAUUGGAAAGCACAACUGUUAUAUCAAAGCUAUCAGCAGUGGGAAGAGAAGGGAAGGAAUUCUUCACAUGCUCAUUGUGGAUGAUGGCGAAAUUCCAGAAGUCUUGGAAUAGCUUUCAGAGACUAAUGCAGAUAAAAAUAUCAGGGAUUUCAAUUACUGUGGUAAUUGACAACAUUAAUAUGUACUUGUUCAUUUAGUCGGUGAUGGAUUUUUUUAAGUUAGAGCAUAGAAAAUUCACUAGAAGGCCAAAUAUGUAUGUAAAGUUACGUGUAAUCUAUUUUGUUAUAUAGGGAAACUGACUAAUGUAGAAAUUGUUUACUUGAUACAUUUUAAUAAAAUAGUG